UCGUGCCUCGACACUUCAUGCGGUUCGACGCGCACUUUGGACUACCGACGAAUUUGUGACCGCUUGCCAGCGAUUGAGAAACACGUACGCCAUGGAACGGUACCACAUGUUUAAAUUGGGGUUGGCGAUACUUUUUUAUGCUGCCUACUGCAUCCGGCCUAUGCUUGUAAGCGGCCUGAGAUCCAGCAGCCUGAUAACCAAUCAGACCCUUAGACCGGAAGACUACAACGUCUUCUACCAAGGAGUGGACGGUACCCCAGGCGUCGACUUCCCAGUCCUUUCCUUCAUCCCCAGAACGACCUUCAGUUGCAGCGGCAUAGAAUCAGGGUACUACGCUGACCUGGACACAGACUGCCAAGUGUUCCAUAUUUGCGAGGAAGGCAAGAAGAUAUCCUUCCUUUGCCCCAAUGGUACCAUCUUCGAACAGGCAGACCUCAUCUGCGAGUGGUGGUACAAAGUUAACUGCACCAACGCGCCCAGUCUGUACCAAGAAAGCGCCGAGUUCCUAAGAGAGGAUUUAGCUAGGAGGAAGGCUUCUAGGAGGAUAGCCCUUGAUGGUCGUGAGAGAAACCACGGCGCUGUCAUGAGGAUAGAAGAAUCAGCUUCCGUCAGCGCGCAGCAGAACGGGAAACCUUUGAGGAUCAGUUCGAGUAGAGGGCAAGGUGUUGAGUAUACACGAUCGACUAGCAGUCCCAGUCGGUCUAAUUUAAUUCAAAGUGCCAUUGGUAGAGACCAGAACAUUCCUCAGAAGAGAUACAAUGACGCUGACACGGGGAACUUCAUCAACAACGAUAACAGAGUUGAUGGCGGUUUUGAAUAUUCUGGACCCAGCAGCGUUUCUGUGGAAAAACAGCUCUAUACACGCUCGACAACACCUUCUUCUGCCUCGAACUUAGGGGAGAUCCCCUCGAGAAAGCAACUGAACAAGAACAGGGGUAGUAUAAAAUACGGUAUUAAUGGGUUUGGCAGCAAAAUCACAAGUACCAUAGGAUCGACUUUGAAACCAACUACAGACGCGUAUGAUUUGGCAUUCCCUACCCAUAGAUCCGAGGUCACUUUUAACGAUUUCCGACCAAGACCCACAUCAGGGAGCAACACAGUGAAAAUAGAUUCUAGUAAAGUUAAUUUGGGACAACCAAAGCAAAAAGGUACAGUUGCUUUGACGAGAAACGGCAUACUCAACAGACGCCUAGAACCAACAGAUUCUGACGAGUUGCAAGUCCCUCAAGAAACAGCAGCCUUUUCCUCGAAUUCCUACAACAGUCUUCAGUCCAACACUCGAAAGUUCACUUCUAGUCCUUACCCCAAUCACCGUCCCACUUAUUCUGAUUUGAAACGACCAGAUUUCUCAUCCACAAAGCUUGUAAAUCCUAUAAACUCGGUAACACCUCAGUACAUCACCACCCAGUCAAUUACCAGUGGGAAACCUUUCGUCGGAAGCACGGUUGGUGGAAAUGUCUUCAGAGGUACGGGAAGAACAAAGCAGAAUGAAGCAACUUUCAAACCGUUCUCUGCAACUGAAAGAACACCCACUGUUUCUACCUAUCAACCGUACGAAGGCAGUAAGCUGGGCUUUUCCACUGGAGGGGCAAAAGAAAACAAAGACGCUAUUAAACCAUUCCCUACAAUUGAAGGGACACCUACUGUUUCCACUGAUGACACUUUUGAAAGCAGUAAACUGGGUUUCUCAACGCCGCAGGCUGGAUUGGCAGUAACGCAACAAAAUCAAGAAGGCUCUGGAUCAAUUUCUUCAACUGAAAGGGGAGUGCUUUAUACAGUGAAGCCUUUCACUUCUUCUCAUCUUCAUAUUUCUGAUGACAAUAACCUAGAUUCCACAACACCGCAAGAUGAAACUUCAAAAACGCAAGAAAAGCAAGAAAGCUUUGGUCCAAGUGACGGAACAGUACCUUACACAGUACAACCUGUCUUUACCGCGACCUACAAUACCGACAGUAACAAUCAGGCCAUCACCUCGACGUCACAAGACCAUGUUUCAACAACGCAACAAAAUGAAGAAACAGAUGGACCUUACUCUACAACUGACAGAGCAGUACCAUACACAGUACAACCUGUUGUAUCUUCCACUUACCAAUCUUUCCAAGACAACAGUCAAGGUUUCUCAUCGACACCACAACCUGUUGUUUCCUCUACUUACCAAUAUUUCCAGGAUAACAGUCUAGGUGUCUCGUCGACACCACAACCUGGACUUUCAAGUACCUCCACGCCAUCUGUCGAAGGUAAAACUACAAGACCAGUCGAUCACGCUACAGUGUACGGUUCCUUUUCAAGAGGCCCAACGACAGCGACCCCUCCAAAUGGAGUUGAAGUGAAACUCGGUAAAAACGCUGAUAAAAUUAGUAUCCAAUUAUCUAAAUCGUUUGGAGGACAACCCCCAAAACACGGUAGUACCGUCGGUCCGCAACUGGCGUCUGAUGGUUUUGUACGCAUAACCGCGGGAUUAUCACAACCCGUCGUUGGAGGCGCGUCUCAAGCUAACUUAAGAGGUUUUGGAAGAGGUACCAGCCCUCCCUUGUAUUCACAAAGUGGCAAAGGAAUAACUGCUUCAGCAGCAGGAAGUGGUGGAGCUGGAAUAGCAGCCAGUACCGUUUUGCCAAACACUCUAUCUCUUUCAGAGGGAACGACACUUAAUGUGGAUAUUCCUGAAAGUACUGCUAAGGGCGCAAGUACGCUUAUUCCGUCACAUGUAGCACCGGAAAUCCGUGUUAAUAACGUUCAAAGCACCACCGAAACCCCUGGUGCGAUCGAAACCCAAACUGGUGCAGCAGAAAAUUUGAACACUGGUGUUACUAUUGCUGAAAAUGAUAUUGGAAUUGGAAACACCGCGAGUGGUAGUCCUGUGAAGUUUAAUAUAGAUUUAGCAACAGGAAGUACUGGAAAAUAUUUUAACAAUGGAAAUAUUGGUAGCGUAGGAAAGACUACUCCGAUUUUCAGUGGUACUGGAAGUACUGAUGCGCCAAAUGUUCAAAUAUCGAUAGGAUCUCGUCUUUCUGGCAGUACCACAGCACAGCCUUCAUAUGAUAAUACAGGAAGUACUCUAUUGACGAAUGUAGAAGGAUCGACUUUAGUACCAGGUUCAUUAGGUUAUGACAUUAACUCUGAAAGUCAGCCAACAAAUGGAGGUUUAAGAACCCCUACAUCAAGUAUAGUAUCGACAAGAAUUUCAGAUAAUGCUCUCAGAGGACUAGUAAGUGGUGCAUCUGGAAUUACUGCUAUUCCAAAUAUAGCAAUCGGUGAAGACUCAAAUGGAUAUCCGUCAUCCUCAGUUAGACCAAACGUUUACGCUGAAAGUCAGCCAACGAAUGGAGGUUUAAGAACCCCUACAUCAAGUAUAGUAUCGACAAGAAUUUCAGGUAAUGCUCUUAGAGGACUAGUAACUGGUGCGCCUGCAAUUACUGCUAUUCCAAAUAUAGCAACCGGUGAAGACUCAAAUACUGGAUAUCCGUCAUCCUCAGUUAGUCCAAACGUUUACGCUGAAAGUCAGCCAACGAAUGGAGGUUUAAAAAUCCCUACAUCAAAUAUAGUAUCGACAAGCAUUUCAGGCAAAGUUAUUGAAGGACUCGUAGCUGGUGCAAGUGGAAUUACUGCUAUUCCAAAUAUAGCACUGUCAAAUUCAACUGGUGGGGACUCAAAUACUGGAUAUCCGUCAUCCUCAGUCAGACCAAACGUUUACAUUAGCGAAAAAUCAAAGAAUACUGUUUCACUUCCCGUUGGAAGCGGUUAUGAUUAUUCCACAGUAAGUUCAGUAACGAAUGGUGCUCAUUCUCAGGUUACUGAGUUACUGCCUAUCCCAGAAACUCCUAGAGGAUCUUUACAAACAAUCAACGGUACAAAUUCUCAUUCGAAUUCGUUCCGACCAAACUUCUAUCCAACAAGAGAAGGAGGUAACAAUGUGGGUAAACCUACAGGAUCCCAGGUAUCUACUGUAGAAGGAAACUCUUAUCAAAGUCCUCCAAACUCUAUCAAAACAUUUGCUUCAGAUAUCCAAGGAACAGUUCCGUCAAGCUUGAGAACUCAGUCUGUUGAAAUCAACUUAUCUCAAAAUGAUAUUGGAAGUACUUUGUCUCCAACUGAAGAAUCAUCUACUUAUAGAUCAACGUCGACUCAACAGAGUAACGAUUAUAACAGUUUCAAAUCUUCUUCCAGACCAGGAGAAUCAGAUGUUACUGGUACUGGAUUCUACGUUACUAGAAACUCGUUUACCUCCACUACCCCUGCUCCAUUUGGUCUUUCACAAGCAACAACGUCAAGUUACUCAGACUCCACACCUUUAGUGAAUGUUAGUCCUAACUCAGGAGAAGAAGUAACACCAAGAGCUCCAGCAUUAGAUACUUUAUCUAGGUCGGAAACUAGAUACCCUAGACCAUUCCAAAAGUCCCCCAACUCCAUCGACGACGAGAGCUCUGCCACCAAAUUCGACGCUGUCACUCCAACUUAUUUCUCUUACAAGAUAUCCAGCGCAAGACCGUUCGAGCUCCCUAAGGACAAAGUCACGCCUUCUCCGACUAUACCCACUCCAUUUACCACUGCUAGGUCUGUUCAAGAAAACGUAGACGACAUGAUUAACACUCUGAAAGAGGUGAUCGAAACUCAAGACUACUCCUCCGAGACCCCCAGGCCAGGACUUGUAGUGCCUCCGUCUGCUGGCCCCCAAACCCUCCACACACUUGCACAGUACUUUGCAAAUGCUUUGGACGGAAUCGUCGCCGAGAGAGAGAAAGAAACCGGAGAGGAGUUAGAUCCCGAAAGUAAAGAGAAACUUACCAGUCUACUAACUCAGAUGACCAUGUACCGAUACAAUGAGUUGUUUAACAGGACUGGAAUUGGUGCUAACGAAGGCGAAAGCACAACUGCAACUCCUAUAGAAGAAGAAUUGGAGGAGGGCGAUUCUAACAACUUGGUGGAAACGCCAGAGCUGCGGGACUUGGCUAAGAACUUCUCGUUGGCUUUGGCAGGUUAUCUCAACGAUCCCGUUGCGUUCAGGAACGAAUUGAAAACCUUCAGACCUACCGAGCCUACAACACAAAGCGACGAAAUCAGCGAAAUUGGUGUAGGAGAUGAAGAGUUGCUGAACUUCUCUGAUGCCGAUUCUAAGACAAGUUUUAAACCGUCAUUCCCGACACCACAGGCACCCGCGCCAACUUGGGGCUACAUAGUCGCCCCUAAGAGUUCCGAAGACUUAGACGUGAAGAAUUCGUUGAAUCCCGACUUGCACACGGCUGACAGCCAAUCGUUCGUGCCUGGUUUCAAUAAUUUAGCGGCAAACACUGGGAAAAGUAUCGACAAGGGUGUAGGUAGCCAAAGGGACGUACCUGGUGAUCAUUGGACAGCUUCUCCAGGAGUUACGAAGCUGUGGCAAUCUGCUCUAUCUGUUAACCCUUCAAUUCUCAACGAAAAUCUAGAUUCUACGAGACCCAUAUCGCACUUCACCGAACCUUACGUUCCUGGUACAACCCCAACACCUCUUCAUUUCCCCCAAAGCGAAAUUCAGUACGAUCUUCGAGCUUUGCCUAAACUGACGCUAAACUCAACGCAAGUUCAUGGAAUUUUAAUCGAUUUCGUCAACACGACUAAACCCGAUGACUCCAACAGGUUGCAAAGGCUUCUGAAGAAGCUGAACACCACAGAAGACGAGUUCCUUCAUAGGAUGAAGGAGAUAGAGUCUAACCCUUUGACGAAGAGGUUGAUUUUGCUCCUGAUCAGCGAGUGCGGAGCUAACGUGACUAAGGAUCUUGAAGCAGAUCCCAUCCACAGCCUUUCCGAGCUGCUAAAUUCGCCCAGUUCUGAUCCUGAAGUUGUCGGUCAUCAAGAAAGCAGAAACAGUGAUAUUCCCGAACUGGUAGAUCCAAGUUUGCAGCAAGACGACCAAGACACCAGGGCACUACAGCUCUUAAAUUCGCUUUACGCUAUAGCUUCUAAAUUCGGGAAAUGAUGUCCGUUUCCGCUUGCUCAUUGUUUGUCAUUUAUUUGUUAAAUUAUAAGAGAGUGCUUGGGUGCGUGUAUGAGUUCGACUGGGUGAUAUUAGACGUUAAUAUUAAUUUAAUAUUUUGUACUUUUAACGCUACGAUUUCCUAUUACGAAAUAUAUUUUAGGAUAAUUAGUUUUAAGUUUUUUUUAUUAUGUACUUAACAAGUUGUCGACCACACUGUCUUCCCCCAACAAGUGUAUAUAAUACUGUAAAUAAAAUAUUUU